ACAACAAAAAGCGGCAAUAUGGAGUACACGGGAAGCAAAUACGAAGGCGAUUACAAAAAUGGAAGACUUGAGGGAAAAGGGAAAUAUGAAUUUCCUACGGAAACAAAAUAUGAAGGGGAAAUGAAAGAUGGCAUGUUUCAUGGUAAAGGAACCUUGUUUUUCCCAAAUGGUAGUAAAUAUGAUGCUACGUGGGAAAAUGGCAUAGCUGUAGAGGGAAAAUACACAUUUGCUGAUGGAUUGGCAUAUGAAGAAGAAAACUGGGAGUACUGUGAUGGAUAUGACAGACGAUUCUACACAGAAAUUUGCAAAGGUUUAAAACCAGCAGGCAGAUCACAAUUGACCAACCGUGUGCCACCCAGAGAAAUCCCUGAGGGUUGUUAUGACUGUGGGGAUGGUUUCUAUAACCCUAAGACAAGAGUCGUUGUUGAUUAUAAUCAUAAAUUUUUAAGAAAUGCAGAUGAUGAUGAACAUGACUGGAUUGUUAAAACAUGUCGGAAAGGUUGGGAUGAAUAUGUGGGAUAUAAGAAAUCUGCUUGUGGGAUUUAAAAAAAAAACUUGUUCACUUUUAAAAUUUUUGUAAAUUAUUUCAGAAAUGGAUACAAAGAUGUAAAUCAUAUAAAAUUGUGUACAGUCAUUUAUUGUAAAUAUUUUUCAUCAUAUGUGGAUUUCAUUCAUUUGUAUAAAU